UUAUUAUAAAACGAUUUUGACCGGGUUCCACUGCAGAGAGAUUUCUGUUGUGGUGGUUCUUUUAUAUUUUUCAUUAUUAAUAAAUGUGUAUUGGCGCAUUAUAGUUGCUGAUAAUAAACUUCAAACUGUCUUCAUUUAAGAACCAUGUAGAUAAAAAUACAAGUGAUGCACAUCUAAGCGGCUGUUAACUUUUUAUCUUAAAUUCGACUGAUAUUAAACUAGCAUUUUGAAUGGUUUAUUACUGAAUCCAGUAGAGAUAUUAAACCAAUAUUGAAGCCGCAUAACAUCAAAUCAUUUGAUCGACAGACAGCGUCAGUGUUAGCACGGAAUAAUCGGAUAUACCAAUUUUACAGAUAUUGCAAGCGACGUUUAAAAGAUCCCUCAUGAUGGAAGGUAACUGGUCUUUAAACGGCAGUGCCAAUUUAAGUUUGAAUUCAAUGCACGAACAAGAUAGAAAUUCUUCGGGACAAUCAACAGCAAAUUGGUACGACCUUUAUUACGAAGAAUAUAAUGAAUUAGACAAUACGUAUACUGUUACUUCCGUGGAUGUGAUUUCCAUUGUUCUUUGUAUUUUAGGCAUUGUUGCAAACAUUGUGUCUAUUAAUAUGGUAAUACGAUUACAUCAGAAGUUGUCCACACAUUUAAAACUGAUCAUAAGUUUAUGUUGCUCAGACUGUUUAAUCCUGAUUCCAACUUUUCUCAGCAAAGUAUUUCUCAUGACACAUGAAAUAAAUCUUUGCUUUAAUGUUGCUGUGCGACUGGUAACAGACCUGGCUCUAUUAGCAACAUUGUUAAAUCUUCUUGCAAUUGCAGCGGAUCAUUAUCUGGCCAUACUCAGACCGUUGAUGUAUAAAAAGCAAAUGACAAAUAUUCGUGGUAUGAUCGCUGUAUUGGUAAUUUGGUUCGUGAGUGUUUUAGCAAUUGCGGUUGAAAUAAUUAUGGGUAUUGCACACCAACGAGAAAUGGAACCUCUGUGUGAAGCAAUUGCGUAUGAUAAAGUAAAUUCUGAGCUUGGAAUAGUGAUUUUCAUCUUCAUCGUCUUGUUGGUGAUUUUUGUGAUUUAUGGUAGGAUCUACAUCUGUGUUGUCAGAAACAGAUCUAUACAUAGCGAGACGAGACAUCGGCAAAAAGAAACAAGUAACAUUAAGGCCUUAGUAACGACAUCGCUGUUCGUUUUGACAUUUGUAUUCUUCUGGACACCGAUUGGAAUAUUCAACGUUUACUUAUACAACAAAGAUAACAUGUAUAUAUUGAACAAUCUAGAGAAAAUCGAACAAAUUGGUGAUAUUUUGUAUGUAAUUUUGUUAUUAAAUGCCAUUGCAGAUCCAAUCAUCUACACGUUUCGCCUGCCACAAAUACAAAGAAAAUGUUUUAUAUUUCGUACAACCAUGAGGCGACAGUCUACGAAAACGAGUACAUUGACAUCUGAAUUACAAGAUUUGAAGAAGCCCCUAAGGUGAUAAUUAAAUGCUUAUUCUUGUUUUAUCGCUGUCGUUCAAACACGUUUAGUGCCAUUUAUCAUAGAUAAUUAUCAUGCAUUUGAUAUCUUGUUUAUACCUCAUUUUAUCAAAAGAAUAAUCUUUAUGUUUCUUAUGAAAGCUAUAUUGUCCUGAUUUGUACUUAUUUUAAAAUGUUAGUGUAACUAUUUUCUAGAAAUUUACAAUUCAAUUUGCCAGAUUUUUUUGUAAAAAUUGUUAAAGAAAUGCAAAUUCUUUAUUUAAGACAUUUGUUGAAAAGUUAUCUGUAUAAUUUAUUACUUUUCGGUCAAGAACUUUGGGUACUCAGAAAAAAAAACAACAUUAAUUUAUUUUUAAUUUUUAUUUUUUAUAUUUUCUUGUUCAAUUUGUAUAUAGAAAAAUCUGUAUUUAGAUUCCUAUAUACGUAAAGAUAUUUUUUAAUGAAGCUUGCUGAAAUAUCUUUAACUUUUGAACACCAAUCCUUCAUAACUGAGGAUUUCACUAAAAUCUGAUCAUAGCUUAUGUAUUAAACAUGAUAGUUUGUGAUCGGCACGUAAACCACUGAUGAAAUGACAUUUUUUAAAGACGACGAAAAUAGUUAAAAAACUAUAUAUAGUAAACUUACUAAACGAAGAUUACUGUCGAAUAUUUAAUGUUAAGCAAUAUACUUUUAUGUACCAAAAGUAUGAGAGUGUCAUUACUAUCAGAAUAUAUAAAUAAUUAUUAAACGGAUUUCAUGUACUGUAUUUAGGUUAAACGGUGUUUAAUGCACAAAAUAGAUUAGAUAAUAAACACUAAACUGGAAUUAUGCUAGCUUCACAUGACGUCAAUGGUUGCGGCGUCUAAAUGUGACAAAAGAAUUUGGCGUAAUAAUCAAAGACAUGAUCAAUUUGAUUUGUUAUACCAGUACAGAAAGAAGUUAAUAUACAAAUAUAAAGUAAAAGCAUCAGUUUAAGUGACUAAGAUACAUACAAAAUACUUUUUAGUAUUUGACAGAUGUACAGAAAAAUAAAAUAAAUGCAUGUAGUAUACAUGUAGUAUACUUUCGAUGCAUACUUAUUCUUCUUGUUCUGUUUACUAUCAAACAUUUUGCUAUUACAAUUUGAUCAGUGUAUAAAAAUAGAUAUUGAGUUUGUAAAAUAAAGUUAAAACAUUCAUAUUUUUUAAAUGAAUUAAAGAAGUCAUUUUAUCGAUUUUGAAUUUUAUAUAUUAAUGUUACUUGUUACUUCAACAAUAAUAAUUAAUACGAGUAUAAGUGUUUUUCCCCUCAAAAUUAUUAAAUAAUGCUUUCGCCUUUAUCAGUUUCUCAUUUAAAUAAUGAUAGGUAGUCGUCGCUUCACUGUUUUAUCUUUCUUGUACAAGUUAAUUACUAAAAUACAUCUCCACGUUGGAAAUAUCCUUACAGAAGCAUCAUAAAAUCAUGAUGUAUUUGUAACUGUAAGAUCUACUUAUGAUCAUUUGUCGGCAAUAAUAUCUCAGAGUUCAAGCUCUGAUGAUUCUCCUUUAUAAGAUCAUGAGGAAUAUAUUGAAUGCUUAAAACAUUGAAAUACUUCGUGUGAUAGUAAACAUAAAUAUAUGCUUUGCUUAAAAAUUCAAACAUACACAGUUCGUUAUUAUUAUUGUUCUCUUAUUGUGUAAACUAAAUGUAUGUUACCUUCUCUAAAAUAAGUAUAUUUGUUGCUUUUUGUAGUUGUUUUAUCAAAUAUAAUUAAACUUCCAUGAUAUAGCUGUCGCACAGAAGUAAAAGUAUGCGUUUGUAAAUAUGUUCAUUAUUUGAUGAUUUACAAGUUUGCCAUUAUUUUGUACCUCAUUACAGUAAUCAACUCCUUGUUUUUUCUUGUACUAGGUGUGGCAAACUUUUGCAAAUAAUCAUCGUUUCUCAUAUCAAAGUAAUUCCUUACAGAAAAGAGAAAGCGAAAUUCCUUAACGCCCAAAACGACACAAUUGAAAAUAUUGCAGUCUAAGUUUGAUUAGGCCUGUUCAUGGACAGUUCUGGAAAGUGCAAGUUACCAUCCACGCCCCCUAGCCCCAGCUUAAGCAGAUUCAACAUUUAACAUGAACUGGUAAAAUUUUGAAUUUUGAUGUUACACGUUAGUGCCAGUCCAUGAGAAGCUCCGCAAGAAAAAUACUUGUGCUUAGUUAAACUUUGAAAUUUUAACAAUUAAUAAUGAUAAUUAUUUUAAAUUUGGCUCACACAGUAUAGUGCAUCUUUUUCUAACAAAUUACUGUCAUACAACGUUAUAAAAAUAUAAAUAACUUCUGUAAUUAACUAUUGUAACAGACAGUUAAAUUUGUUUGCAUACGUGGAUAUAGUUUUUAUGAUUCUUAACACAAAGCUAUGAUAUUUAUUUCUAAAUAUAUAUAUAUAACUUACAUACCGAUGUCAAACCUAUUAAAGAAAUUUAGCUUAUAUGUGCUUAUAUAUUUAUGUAUAUCAUUAAAUUGUUUUCUUGUCAUUGUCAAUCGUUUUGUGCUUUAUUAUAAUAAUUUUACUAUAAUUAAUAUUCUCAUGAUAGCUGUAACUUUAAUUUGUCAUCACGUUUUUAUUUUCACUGUUCAUAUA